AUGAACAAGGCACAAGUUAUUCUCCCCCCCCCCACCCUUUCCACCUGUAGCAACUUAACCUCCGCCCACCGCAACUCUAACCUACGCACCAGCCAUCACCAACUAUCUGCAUUCCCUUCGAACCUCCAUCUUUUCUCAUAUUCCCAUGCCAAAACCCUCGCCAAACCUCGAAUCUUUCUUCCCCACUUGGUUGCUUCACUGGAACAAGUUGAUGAGACGGACAUAAUGGUGAAGCCUGAUGGAGUUCAACGUGGCCUCGAGCCAAGCAGUUUCAGCUUGAAGCUCUUCCAGUGCCCCCAAGACUUAGCAGAGGUUCAAAGAUCCAGUCACUCUCUGCACAAGAAAAACCUACGACAAGUAGAGCAUCGAAAAAUGGCUUUCUCAGGAUGAACUGUAGGAAGUGAAGAAUAUGGUGUACCUUAUUAGCUCAAUCUGGUUUGCUCCUUAGCUGCAGAAUCUGGUUCAAGCAUGGUGGGUCAUUUCGAGCAGAAGUAGAAUGCUCAACAAGAAGGAGAAGGUGAAGAAGGGAUAAUGCUGUCAUGUCGUUUUUAUAUUUUUUUUAAUUAUUAAUCAAUUUUCUGUCGGUUUUAUCCGA